AGUAGAGCGUAUCGACGCUGUUCUCGGUAAAACAGAGAUUUGCGUUACUGACCCGAGAUCUCGGACAGCGAAUCGCGCGAAUACGGAUGUGAAGACGGUGUAACAUGCCGUGGAGACGGACGCCAACAUUACCGCCUUCUCCCGACCUGUGAAUCGGUAUCUCUGAAGGGGAAGGCAGCUACAGGAAGGGGAAAGAGGGCUCGAUCAUGGGGAACGAGGCGAGCAUGGAGGGUGGUGACGGCGCGCUUGCCGGGGAGCUCACAGGACCAGAGGCGGAGCUCAGUCGCCUGAGCGAGGAGGAGCGGAAGACGCUCAUCAGCACCAUGGCAGAGGCGCAGGCCAGGUAUUCAGACCAACAGCCAUCUGGAGGAAGAGGUUCUGGGGGCCUCAGUAAGAGUCGAACAGUAGACGCAUUCGGAGAAGGUCCACCUCCCAAGCCAAAGCCAGGCCGCAGUCCUUCCUCCCUCAGCCUUCUUGAGUCCCGCUUUCGGCAAGAACCCAAAGACCCUGAGCAGCCUCGCACCGGCAUGUUUUCCUCGUCCUUUCUAAGUGGGGUUUCUUCAGCUGUCUCCUCUGCCAGCAUCCCCAAAUUCAGCCUUUUUGGUGAUGAUGAGGAGGACACAGCCAAACAAGGACCAAAACCCCCUGGCCCACAGCAGGGUCCAUCCAAAGGACAAGGACAGCCAGGGCAGAGACAAGGAGGUGUACCACAAGGGCCUGGAGGAAAGCCUGCUGGGCCUAGUCCUGGACCUGGGCCUCAACAGCAAGGACCUAAACCUAAAGACUCUGGGCCUCAGCAACAAGGUCCUGCUAAAACAGAUACAGGAGGAUCAGGCAAACCUAGUGGGCCACAGCAAGGCCCAGCCAAAGCCGUACCUCAGCCUGGUGGGACUGCAAAGCCUGGUGGACUGCUGUGUCCUCUAUGUAAAUCCACUGAGCUGAACUUGCAGGCCAAGAACCAGCCACCCAACUACAGCACCUGCACACAAUGCAAACAACAGGUGUGCAGUCUUUGCGGAUUUAGUCCUCCUGACUCAGAGGGGAAAGAGUGGCUAUGUCUAAACUGCCAAAUGCAACGGGCAAUGGGGGGCAUGGAACCUCCUGGCCCUCCAAUGAUGAAGCAGCCUCCCAAGCAAGGCUCGGCCCCUCCAUCCCCACAAAGGAAGGAACAACCAGCUGGGUUGCCCUCAAAGGAUGAACCCCGGAAGAAGCCUCCAAUGCUGACCAAGCAGCAAAGCAUGUCAGAUAAAGGAAAAGGAGCCACUCCUCCGCCGACUCCCAAACAGACAACUCCUGGUCCAGCGGCACAGCAGAAAACCCCUAAAGGGCUGGAGGAAGCUCAACCUGGACUAAAACGUGGACAGCAGCCACCUCCACUUCAGAAAGCUGAACAGAGUCCAAUGGGUAGUCCUCAACCCUCUCCUGCAAAAACCACCCAGAAGCAGGAGGGAGGUGGCUUUUUUGGAGGCUUCGGUCUAGGAGGGUUGACAGACAUGACAAAACCCCCUACAGAGUCAGUUACAGGGAAAUUGUUCAGUGGGUUUGGCAGCUCAUCCAAACCACAAGGUGGCACUGCAGCACAGGCGAGUGACUCGGUUACUGGGAAGCUUUUUAGUGGGUUUAGCGGACUGAGUGAAACAUCCAAACCACCCGAGGCCACUUCUCAGGCAACUGAGGGUGUGUCUGGAAAGAUGUUUGGGUUUGGGUCAUCAAUCCUUAGCUCAGCCACCAACCUCAUUACUGGGGAAGAACCAAAGUCUCCUCCAGGAUCACUGCCUGACUCCCCCAUUGACUCUGGAGAAAAAUCUCCUCCAGGCUCUCCUCCAGAUUCUGAAUCCCCCCCAGACACCCCACCAGUCUAUUCCAAAGAGUCUCCUUCUCCCAAACCUGGGUCCACUGAUGGACAGGUCCUAGCAGAUAAACCCAUCUCAUAUUCUGCAAAAACAGAAGAGCCUCAGACCAUAUCCAACUGUCCACUAUGUAAAGUGGAACUGAACAUGGGAUCAGGAGAUGUUCCCAAUUACAGCACCUGUACAGAUUGCCAGAAAACUGUGUGCAGCCUUUGUGGUUUCAACCCCAUGCCGCAUCUCUCAGAUAAAGAGUGGCUAUGCCUGAACUGCCAGACCCAAAGGGCUCUCUCUGGACAACUUGGGGAUUUGCGACCUCCACCUUCUCCUUCAAAGAUGCCAGCUAAAUCCCAGCCUACCCCUCCCUCUUCCCCAGCCUUAGCUGUCUCCUCAACACCUUCACCCCCUGCUCCUACUGUCACUGCUUCCCCAACCAAAGCGCUCAUUCGGACCCCUAGUGUAACUCAGGCUCCAGCUGACAAGUCUGAGCAUGACUCAGUCACAGCUGAUGCUAAGUGUGUAGUAGAGUCAGCUGCAGUGAAACAGGAUGAGGAACUGGCAGUUGUGGAAAGCACACAGAAAAGAGAAGAUGUUGCUAGGCCUGUGGAAGACAAAGAGCUUCUGAAGGAACCUAAUAAUAAAGACAGAGUCAGUCAAGAGUACAGCCCUACUAAUCCUUCAGAUUUGUCCAUGUUAGAGAAUACUGUUCUUCCAAUACUUGAAGCUCAAACAACAUCCUCUAAAGAGCAAUCACAAAGUGAAUUAGUCAGGACUGAGUGCCAACUGGAGAUGUCCGCAGAGGAGUCUCCAGAACUCAACUCAGAGGAAAAUAGGCAAGAAGAAGACAAGAAUGACGCUGUAGGCCCUAAAAAAGAGAGGAAAAAGCUGCUUGUUCCAACAGAGCUUAAACAAAAUUUUCUGGAGGACAGUAGUGAGAGUGAAUCUUCACCUCUCAUUGAGAGAGAAAAUGAACUAAAUGAAGUAAAAGAUAUAGGAAGGGAUAAUGGAGGGUCAGCAGAGAAAGAGAUUGUGGCAAUAAGUGCUCAUGAGGAUGAAUCACCAUCAGUUGAAGAAGCCCCUACUAAAGAAAAAAUAAGUGAACAAGAAAAUAUACUACUCGAAGAAGAUGUAAAGAAGGACAUUAAGAAGAGUGAGUUAAGCAAGGCAAAGUGUCUUGUCAAAAAAAGUAGUAUUAACCCUGAGGAUGAGGUAGACCAGAAAAGUAUCAUUGCUGUGGCUAAAAUUGAGGAACUAAGUAAAAGGGAGCAGACCAUUGAAGACAAUGGUGCUGGUAUUCGCCAUUUCAAAACAAUUGAACUCAACACUGGGGCCACUGUUCGUCAGGCUUCAGAUGAUGGUGAACCUGAGAGCCUUACAGAUUCCCCUGAUGACAGGUCUAGAGGGGAAGGCUCCUCAAGCCUACAUGCAUCUAGUUUUACUCCAGGCACAUCUCCAACCUCACUAUCUUCUUUUGAUGAAGACAGUGAUAGCAGCAGCCCAAGCCAUAUUAAGAGCAGUGGUGAGGGCAAACAGCAUAGGAAAGCCAAGCACCGGCAGCCAGGCCAAAUGCUACCCACCAUUGAAGAUUCAUCUGAAGAAGAUGAGCUACGUGAGGAAGAAGAGCUCCUAAAAGAACAGGAGAAACAAAAGAAUUCCAGUAAGAAAUCAAAGAAAGAUAAAGAGGAAAUACGAGCACAGAGACGUCGAGAAAGACCAAAGACUCCACCAAGCAACCUUUCACCAAUUGAAGAUGCUUCUCCAACAGAGGAGCAGCGGCAGGAAGCAGAGAUGGAGGAAUUCCGUAGAUCCUCUUGUUCAGAUUUCUCCCCAAGCAUGGAAUCUGAGCCAGAAGGUUUUGAGAUUCUUCCAGAGAAGAUUGCUGCUGUUCAAAAAGUGUAUCAUCUGCCAACAUCUGUCUCUUUGUAUUCUCCAACAGAUGAACAAUAUGCUAAUAAGCAAUCCAGGGAAACCUCAGAAAAACAACCUUUGCAUGCUUCACAUGAUGCUUAUGAGGAGAUAAUGCUCAGAACAAAGUCUCCAACUAUAGAGGAUAUUCCACCUGGAAAAGAGUCUCUUUAUGGCGGCAUGCUAAUUGAAGAUUAUGCCUAUGAGUCCCUAGUUGAAGACACACAUGUAGAGAAAGAACCAGAUAAGAUUUCUGUACCAGAAAAAGCAAGAAAACUGAGAUCACCAGAUGAAGUUUAUGAGGACAUGAUGCAGAUAAAGCAAGAGAUGUUGCUUAAAGAUCAACUGCUGAAAGAAGAUAGCAAAAUGAAAGAAUACCACACAACAGACACAACCGAAGAUGGCGUCUUGUCUUGUGCCAGAGACACACCUGACACAAGACAAGACACCUUCCCCACAAGCACUUCUGGCCAAUUUGGGAAGGAUGGGAAACGACUGCUAAAUGCAGAGGAAGCUUAUGAGGAACUUAUGAAAAAACAGAGAGCAGUCCUGACACCAGGCACAAGCCCAACACAAACAAUUCCUGAUUUGAGGGACAGAGCACAGGACAUAGAGGUCACUAUUGUUGAAAAAAAAGAUGCUUUUCUUCAAAGAAGAAUUCUCCCUAUACCAGAUCUGACAGUGACUCAGUGUUCCUCAGGUGAAGAGGAAUCUGGUGAAGAGAGCACUGUAGAUCAAAAUCAGGAUGGUGAAAUGGUUCCAGUUUUUACAUCAACUUCUACACCUGCUGCAGUGACUGAGUCAACAUCAUUUGCUGUCAAGUCAUCUCAGGAAAGUACAACUGAUCCUUCAGCUUCAAAGCCAGCUUCAGAGCCUGCAAUGGAUUCAAUAUUAUCAAGGGCAGAAUCAUCAUCACAUCCAGUGCCAUCACAGGCUCCCAUGGCUGAACCAACAGACCAGCCUGGUGUUGUUGAUUUGUCAAAAUCUUCAGUUUUGACUCAAGUGGAUGCUUUACCUACUCAGAUUCCUAGUGUAGUUUCUAGACACUCUGUUCCAGUUACAUCACCUUUACCCACUGUACCACAAUAUGCUCCAACAGUACCUAGUGUAAUAUCAACUGCCCCACCUGUUCCUCCCAAGCCAGCUCUACGUAGAGGUGUGUCUCAGGAAAAAACAGACAUUCCUGCUCCCCCUCCCCUACCGCCACCUACCCUACCUAAGCCUGCUAUUUAUCCCAAAAAGGUUCCACCUCAGGUUCCCCAAAGAACAAUUCCAGUUGGUAUCCCAACGACAGGUCCAAAUGCACAGAUUAGACAGCCUAUGGCACCAAAUUACAAGCCACAUGUUCCUCCUCCUGUCCCUCCGAAGCCAUCGACAAUCCCUGCAGGCCUGACAUUCAGCCACAGACCAGGGGAGACAGUCAAGCCACCCAUAGCUCCAAAACCCAUGUCAAGUACCCAACCACUUUCUUCCAUUUAUUCUCCAGUAAGACCAAGCAUCCUCCCAACAAGCACUGAAGAUGGUGCUUUGAAUCUGAGUCCUGCAUCUGAGAUCAAAACAGGGCCUACCUCACCAAUAAAAACCCCUACAUCUCCUAGGUUUGGGAAGUCAUUAUAUGAUACUUAUGUGGUUAUUACCCUACCAUCCCAGCCUGGUUCACCCAUAGAAGGCGUGACAACCCAAGCCCAAAUAAGUUCUGGUCCCUUUUCACCUAGCAAACAGUCUCAUUUACAGUUUGAUUUUCAGUCACAACCACAAAUUCAACUGCCACCACAGCCAAAAACAAAUAGGGUGCCAUUAGCUUUCACAAAAAUAACAGAAUCCAUAGAAAAGCAAGAAAUAUGUGAUCCAGAAAAGAUCAUUUCAAGCAUGAGUCAUGUCAUUGAGGCAAUUUCAGCUUCACAGCCCACAUCAGUAAUUCCAAAUGUUGAUGUCCAGGUAGUAACUACUGAAGUCCAAAGAACAACAGUGUCUGUUGUGCAUGGAAAAACUCCUUCUCCACCUCCAACUCCAAGAGCCUCUGGGCCACCAGCAGUCACAGGAGAUAUAAAAUCCCAGCCAGUAGCUGUGCAGAAUGGACAUGCUUAUCAUUCUGGAGUGAUUGUUGAUCUGCGUGCUCCAAAGACAGAUGUAGAGAUAUAUGUGAAAGGUAUAGAUCUGUCAUCAUCAGAGUCACAACGGCAGUCCUUCCUGGCUGAUGGGAGGCAACAAAGUGCAGUCCAGUCAUCUGUAAUGAACUUGAGCACUGAUACUUCAUCAGUGGCUAUGGUAACUGACAGCAUGACCAUCCUCACUUGUACAGCUACUAUAGCAUAUGCCAACAAUAAUCUUCCUCAGGCUACUUCAAUGCCUCUACAACUAACGACAGCUAAAUCUUUUGAACCUGUGUCCCAGAUUAUUUAUCGUCCUGUUGAUUCUCAGCCAGAAAAACCAAUCAAUCUCUCCACAACUUUAGGCAAAACACAUUCUGUUCCUGUGACAACAGCCCCUACAAUUGCAAAUAAUGGUGUUAGCAUAAGUAUUCCACCUCAUCUGGAAACUUGUGUAUCUGGUGCAGUUGACCUCACGACUGUUAAGCCAGUACAGACUAUGGUGUCUGUAGAGGGGUCCUCUUCAGAGGUGGUUACAACACUGAUUACAGAGGAUGAUGGUAAGCCAGUAGACCUAACAGCAGGGCGACGGGCAGUGUGUUGUGAUGUAGUGUACAAGCUUCCCUUUGCUGGUAGUUGUACCACUCAGCAACCCUCAGCUCCAUUGCCAGAGGAUCGUUUUGGCUACAGAGAUGACCACUACCAAUAUGAUCGCUCUCCCUAUGGCAUGAGAGGACUUGGUGGAAUCAAGCCCUCCAUGUCUGACACAAAUUUGGCAGAAGCUGGCCUCUUCCUGUACAAGAGUAAGAAUAGGUAUGACUACAACGGGGAAAUGGAGGGUGCUGUAGAUCUUACAUCUGGAAAAAUGUCUAUAGCAGGUGAAGCUGUGGACUACUCAAGCAAAGCUACAGGGGCAUUUACUGGAGUUACAAUCCCACAGUACUCCCAAGCCAGAAUAACUGCUGCUGUUGGAACUCACUUUGCAAGUUCUAGUGUUCUGAGAUCCUCAAAUGGUGUGGUUUACUCCUCUGUAGCAGCACCAGUUCCUUCCACAUAUGCUAUAACUACCCAACCUGGAUCUAUUUUCAGUACAACAUACAACUCCCUGUCAGGCAUGCAUACUAGUGACACAAUGCCAUCAUUAUCAAAUGUGCAAUAUCAACCCCUCACUAGAUCACAUAGUUUCCUUUCCACUGUUGCUGUGACCACAGCAGAGGAGCAGGGUGACAUGCCUUUGAACCUGGAGAUAAGUGUUUCUAAGGAUAUUUUCUCCAGUGGUCGAACAGAGAUAGCACCAAAAAUAACCACAGCAGCAUCACUGGAUUAUACAGAUGCCUCACUUGAGGCAAUUGCAGCAUCACUAGAAGCUCUCUCCUCACCCAUGAUUCCAGGUGAUGAAAAGUAUCAGAUGGAACGCGAGCUUCUUGAGCUGGAGAAGAUAAAACAGCAACGUCUUGCUGAGGAACUAGAAUGGGAGAGGCAAGAGAUCCAGCGCUUUCGGGAGCAGGAGCAACUUCUAGUUCAGAAAGAGCUAGAGGAGCUACAGUGCAUGAAGCAGCAGAUCCUGUGUCAACAAGAGGAAGAGAGGCAAGCGCACCUCAUGAUGCAAAAAGAGACAUAUGCUCAGCAACAGGAGCAGUUGGAACAGAUUCAGAGGCUCCAAGAGCAGCUGAGGCAGCAACUAGAGGAGCAAAAGUACAGACAAAUGUAUCCAGGUGAGAUCCAUGAGCAGACAUUUGGUUAUAUUGUGGGCACAGACAAAAAGAUGGACAGUGGUUGUCAGACUGAUGAAGAAGACAAUACAGAAAAGACCUACUCUGCAGGAAGAAAAAAGAAGAAUGCCAAGAAGAGUGUAGAUAGUUGUGUACAAACAGAUGAUGAAGAUCAGGAUGAGUGGGAAGUUCCCACUCGUGGCAGACGUAGUAGGCCACGAGGAGGUAAAUACAGUACUGGUGAUAGUUGUGGAGUUUCAGUGCAGGCACUUACAGAAAUUUCUGUACAGACAGAUUCCUUAGGAACACUUAGAGGACACACUGUGCAGACGGACACUAGAGUUGAUUUUCCAAACUCCGAUAGAACUUCCUCUCCUAAGAGACGCCCUACCCCUUUAGAAAUAAGCCAGUCGCCACACCUCAAAACGGAUAACUCCUGUCUACAGGUUUCUCCCAUUCCCCCCAAAUCCCCCAAAGUCCUUUAUUCACCAAUAUCUCCUUGUAUGUCCCCUAGUAAAUCCCUUGAAUUUGUUUCCUAUGAAAAAUCAAGUGGAGACAACAGCCCACAGAAAAUAUGUUCUGCAGAUCCAUCCAAAGUGGUUCCUGGUAGUCCAAGGGCAAAGGCCAUUCAGCGGUCACUGUCUGACCCAAAACCUAUGAGUCCUACUUCAGAAGAAAGAGCAACCAACUUCCAAUUUUCUGAGGGUUACUCUGGUAAAGGAUCUCCAAGUAGCACUCCCACGGGCACACAGAAGAAAGUAAAGCGAACCCUUCCUAACCCACCUUCAGAGGAGGAGACUGCCAAUGCUGGCCAAACAGCAUACAGCACUGCCUCUGCCCGUCGCCGCCUUUGCCGAAGCUCAAACAUGGCAAGGGCAAAAAUCUUGCAGGAUAUUGACCGUGAACUGGAUCUGGUGGAACGGGAAUCUUCUAAGCUUCGUAAGAAACAGGCGGAAUUGGAUGAGGAAGAGAAAGAGAUUGAUGCUAAACUGCGCUAUCUGGAGAUGGGCAUCAACAGAAGGAAAGAUGCUUUACUUAAGGAAAGAGAGAAGAGGGAAAGGGCAUAUCUGCAAAGCGUCGCAGAGGAUCGUGACUACAUGUCUGACAGUGAAGUGAGCAAUAUCCGAGAGACAAGAAGAAGUGAUGGUAGAGAGGAAGUGAGUGGACUUGGAAUUGAAAGACCUCACACUGCUCCACAAUCAGAACUAGAUGAGUUUGUUCCACCACAGACUAAAUAUGAGUAUGGAAAGUACUCUCAGUAUCAUUACCCACAGUAUCAGCAGUCCCUGUACCAGGCUCAACAGCCCUACCAGUCCCCAUCCAUCUACUCUUCUGUGCCCUCUCUCACUGCUUCACAGCAGCAGAGCUACCACCAGAUGCUGCUACUACAGCAAAAAGCAAGACAACAAGCUGCACUUUUGUCUGAACUAGAUGCCACCAAAGUGUCGACGAACUAUGAAAACUCAUCCUAUCUGGGAGGGAAAUAUGGCAAUCAUCUUGACCUGCAUGGCCUGGAAGAACGUGGAGGCAGCAUGGCAGGAAGUCCCAUGUCCAAUGUGUCUGCAGACUCUUUCUAUGCUGACUUAGAUCAACAUCACCAAACAUCCAGAAGUUAUCUGCUCCUAGAGGAUGCAACUGAGCUUACCAAGAGCACAUCUGGUCUCUCAUCCACCAAUUAUGGAAUUGCUGAGAGGGAACUGGCCAAAGCAGAGCGCCUGCUGAGAUGCACAGCAGCAGAUGUUGGCACCGAUUACCUUGGCAGCUCCUCAAGACUUCAUUCCUAUGGAAAGACUCAAGAUGAUGAAGACCCGAUGGAAGAACCAUAUGAGUUAAAGCUUCUAAAGCAGCAAUUGAAACAGGAGUUUAGGAGGAGCACUGGAGGGACUGAGAGCUUAGAACAGUUGGCUGGCCUCUCACAUCAGUAUACUACUAGCACAGGUGUAACUAGUGGUGGCUAUAGGGCUUUCCCCAAGACAGAGAAGUACAGCAUAAGUAGAUUAACCUUGGAGAAGCAGGCAGCCAAACAGCUUCCAACAUCUGUGCUCUACCAGAAACACAAAAGUACCAGCAGCAUUGGAAAAUACUCCAUCCAGGACAGUAGGGGUUUAGACACAGAUUAUAGUAGUUACUUGGGAUCUAGUGGUGCUUCACCAAGAUCAAGCAGAUUAUUACAGGAUGAGAUCACUUUUGGGCUUCGCAAGAACAUUGCAGAGCAGCAGAAGUACCUGGGAUCAACUCUAGGGGUCAAUUUGGCAGGUUCACUUAACUUAGGCCAGAGUCUGAACUUGAGUUCUGGGGUGAGGUCAUCUUUGGGAGAGGACUCUUCUUAUCCAAGUGGGAGCCGCUCCCGGCCCUCCUCUAGGCCUUCCUCUAUGUAUGGCCUGGAUCUGUCUAUCAAAAGGGACAUCUCUAGCUCCUCAUUGAGGCUCAAAUCAGAGGGUGACCCUUCCUCAGAGACUUCUGCCUAUCAGGCACCAUCAGGUAGGACAAAGCCUACCAGUUUGCCUAUUGGUCAGGGUGGUCGUGGGAGAAUCCCAAUUGUGGCACAAAACUCUGAGGAAGAGAGCCCACUGAGUCCGGUGGGUCAGCCGAUGGGUAUGGCACGGGCAUCUGCAGGUCCGCUCCCGCCUAUAUCCGCCGACUCCCGUGACCAGUUUGGGUCAUGUCUCUCUCUCCAGGAUCCCCAGCAGCAGCACCUCAGGGAGGACCCUACCAGAGGGCGCAACUAUAUGCUCAUAGAUGACCUGCAGGGCACAAUGUCUGAUAGUGAAGCACUAAGUGAAUCCCUGGUGGGUCUGAACAGAGAUGAUCCAGGAAACACACAUGAAAAUGUCACAGACGCAUACCAUCUCCGUCGGGAGGAAACUGACUGGUUUGACAAGCCACGAGAGGAUGGACAGGGCCUGGACAGGAGACAGAUGAAGUCCCAGCAGUACCCAUUUUCCCAUGCAAGAAUAAAGCUACAAAGGGAUCCUAAAGACCGCAGUGUGUCAGGCAAUGGACUGGGCAUCCGUAUAAUCGGGGGUAAAGAGGUUCCAGGCAGUGAUGGGGAGAUCGGAGCUUACGUGGCCAAAGUCUUACCUGGGGGAGCAGCAGAACAGUCUGGAAAGAUUGUGGAAGGAAUGCAGGUCCUGGAGUGGAAUGGCAUCUCUUUGUCUAGUAAAACCUACGAGGAGGUUCAGGUAUUGGUCAGUCAGCAAUGUACAGAAGCAGAGCUCUGCAUUAGACUGGAUCUGAAUAUGCUGUCAGACUCAGAGGGCUCCCACUUAGACCUUCAUGAGCAGCCCAAAGCAGAACGGCCACCUCGCUCUCCAGGGGUUGACCCAAAGCAACUAGCUGCAGAGCUGCAAAAGGUGUCUCAGCAGCAGGCGCCCAGCUCCACAGCCUCCUCUUUGACAGCUCUGGACAAAUCCUCAGCUUCGGGAGCUUCCAGCUCUGUGCCAAGCCCCGGACAGCCUGCUUCACCUUCCGUUAGCAAAAAACGCCACAGCAAGACAUCAGAAUCUGCAAAGACCCAGUCUCACCCGAUCACAGGAGAGAUCCAGCUUCAAAUAAAUUACGACAAGCAGCUGGGCAACCUCAUUGUUCAUGUUCUCCAAGCACGGAACCUGGCACCACGGGACAACAACGGCUACUCUGACCCCUUUGUUAAAGUCUACUUGCUGCCUGGAAGAGGUCAGGUCAUGGUUGUGCAGAAUGCCAGUGCUGAGAACAAAAGAAGAUCCAAACAUGCCCAGAAGAGCUUGAACCCUGAAUGGAAUCAAACUGUUAUCUACAAGAAUAUCCACCUGGAACAGCUGAGGAAGAAGACAUUAGAGGUCAGUGUAUGGGACUAUGACAAGUGCUCCUCCAAUGACUUCUUAGGAGAGGUGCUGAUAGACCUGUCCAACACUGCUCAGCUGGAUAACGUGCCACGCUGGCUGCCGCUGAAGGAGCAGUGUGAAGGAGAACACCAUCGGCGCUCACACUCAGGCCAGGGACGCCAACACUCGGCCAAAGUUUCCAGUGGGCACUCACCCAAAACAUCUGGGCACAGCAGUCAGGACUCACCUAAAUCCUCUGUCAUCAAGAGUCGCAGCCAUGGCAUCUUCCCUGAUCCUGCCAAGGAUACACAGGUUCCCACUAUUGAGAAAUCUCACAGUAGUCCCAGCACGUCGAAGCCGUCUCCCUCAGAGGGCCAAGCCCGCUCCCAUGGAACCCCGCGCUCUCACGGCAAAAGUGCCGCAUCCCGGGCACACCCUGAAGACGCCAUAGCAACAGCUGAAACUGCCAGUGAACAGCAUCGCCUCCAACCAACCCAAACUGGCUGCCUCUCCCUGAGGCAACAGAGGCACAGCGUAGCAGGUGUGCUCACCAUACAGAGAGCCCUGCCCGACACACCGGGCAAUGAGACCACUGACGGCCGUCACCUGACCCUCCGAAAAGCCAUGUCGGAAGAAAGGCCUCAGCGGGAUAGAGCGUCCCGCAGCCAUAGAUCUGCUGAUACUCCUGUUACUGCAGCCUCAUUGGAUAGUGGUCUGAGUGGCAGCGCCUUCAGCCUAUUGGAAGAAGAAGAAGAGACUAAUGGAGUGGACAGCGCCAUCUUCCAGGUUCCAAGAUUCGGAAAGAUUCCAAAUGGCACUGACAUUGUGAAGUCAAUACAUGGAGACACAGAGGGUAAAACCCAGGUAAUGGGGGAGAUAAAGAUCGCUCUGAAGAAGGAGAUGAAGACUGAAGGAGAGAACCUGGUACUGGAGAUCCUUCAAUGCAGAAACAUCACGUACAAAUUUAAGACUCCUGACCACCUGCCAGACAUGUACGUGAAACUCUACGUGGUAAAUGUAGCCACUCAGAAGAGGAUCAUUAAGAAGAAAACUCGGGUGUGCCGUCACGACCGCGAGCCGUCCUUCAACGAAACUUUCCGUUUCUGCAUGAACCCCACUGGACAUUCCAUUCAGCUCUUCCUG